AUGGGGAAGGAGCAGGAGCUGCUGGAGGCGGCCCGCACCGGCCACCUCCCGGCCGUGGAGAAGCUGCUCCACCCCCUCUCCAGUCUGCUCAGCAUCUGGAGAGGGCCAAAUGUGAACUGUGUUGAUAGCACUGGGUAUACACCUCUGCAUCAUGCCGCUUUGAAUGGCCACAAGGAUGUGGUCGAGGUUCUUCUGAGGAACGAUGCGCUGACCAACGUGGCUGACUGUAAAGGCUGUUACCCUCUGCACUUGGCAGCCUGGAAAGGAGAUGCCCAGAUAGUACGAUUGCUCAUCCAUCAAGGGCCCUCCCACACCAAAGUCAAUGAACAGAACAAUGACAACGAGACGGCCCUGCACUGUGCAGCACAGUACGGCCACACAGAGGUGGUGAAGGUCCUCUUAGAGGAGCUAACAGACCCCACCAUGCGCAACAACAAAUUCGAGACGCCUCUGGACCUGGCUGCGCUCUACGGGAGACUGGAGGUGGUGAAGAUGCUUCUCAAUGCGCACCCCAACCUCUUGAGCUGCAACACUAAGAAGCACACCCCUCUACACUUGGCAGCGAGGAAUGGCCACAAAGCCGUGGUCCAGGUCCUCUUGGAUGCUGGCAUGGAUAGCAACUACCAGACGGAGAAGGGCAGUGCUUUGCAUGAGGCUGCUUUGUUUGGCAAGACCGAUGUGGUGCAAAUCCUGCUGGCUGCAGGAAUUGAUGUCAACAUAAAAGACAACCGUGGACUGACUGCCCUAGACACCGUCCGGGAACUGCCUUCUCAGAAAAGCCAGCAGAUAGCAGCACUUAUUGAAGAUCACAUGACUGGAAAAAGAAGUACAAAAGAGGUAGAUAAACCCCCCACACCCCAACUACCUCUCAUCUCCAAUAUGGACUCCAUAUCACAGAGAUCUCAGGGUAACGUGGAGAAAGCAGUGACUGAGCUGAUCAUUGAUUUUGACACAACCGCUGAAGAGGAGGGUCCCUACGAGGCGCUGUACAAUGCUGUCUCCUGCUAUUCAUUGGACAGUGUGGCCAGCGGACGAUCGUCUGACCGAGACUCUGUAAACAAGGAGGCUGAGGCAGCAGGAGUGAAAGCUGCUGGAGUGAGGACUCGGGAACGUCCACCACCUCCAGCAAAGCCGCCGCCCGACGAAGAGGAGGAAGACCGUGCAGAUAAGAAGUAUUUGCCCUUGACAGCUUCUGAGGUCCUGGCCAUGAGACCCAGGAGCCAGGGGAGUGCAGCCAGGGAAGAAGAUGAGCAUCCUUAUGAGCUGCUGUUGACAGCAGAAACGAAGAAGCUGGCAUCGGUUGAUGGAAGACCAAAAGACCACAGGCAGAGCAGCAGCAGCCGGAGCCAGGACUCUGCGGAGGGACAGGACGGGCAGGUCCCAGAGCAGUUCUCAGGUCUCCUCCACGGCUCCUCCCCAGUGUGUGAGGUUGGGCAGGACCCUUUCCAGCUGCUCUCUGCCACUGGCCAGGGCAAUCCAGAAGAGUCCCCGCAGCAGGGUGCCUGCCACGAGGCCAGCAUGCAGCUGGAGGAGAUGGGCGUGCACACUCCUGGAGCCUCCCAGCCCAGUGCCCUGGACCACAGUAGGAGAGUGGGCUACCCUCCAGGCCUGCCCACCACCAACAGCCAGUCGCACCCCGGAACUUUGACUCAUACAACAUCUCCGCACCCUGGUGGUGCUGAGGAAGAAGGAGACCGGAGCGGGGCCAGGAGCCGAGCCCCUCCUACCAGCAAACCCAGAGCUGAACUCAAACUCAGCCGUAGCUUGUCCAAGUCAGACUCUGAUCUCCUGACCUGCUCACCCACAGAGGACGCCACAAUGGGGAGCCGGAGUGAGUCCUUGUCCAACUGCAGUAUUGGGAAGAAGAGGCUGGAAAAGUCGCCCUCCUUUGCCUCAGAGUGGGAUGAGAUUGAGAAAAUCAUGAGUUCUAUUGGAGAAGGGAUUGACUUUUCUCAGGAACAGCAGAAGAUCUCAGGUACUGUACCAAGACACCAUUUUCCCUGUGGAAAACAGACCUUUGUUCCUUUCCAGCUUUGUUUUUUUCUCUAACACAGAAGACAGCCAGCUAGGUGAUGAGAGAGCUCAGACUCGGGCAUGUCACACUCUGACAAUUGCUGCUCUCAGCACUGGGACCUCAGGCCUCAUGUACCUAAACAUCCCCACCUUGCUGUUAUUUUUAGAGCCACGAUCCCUUUUACAUAUGGAGGGGAAAGUGUACAAAUGGAAUUUUAGGUUGCCUAUUAGGACACUUUUUAAAACAUGAGCAAUUGUUGAUAAUUAUUUUUGUAAGUGUCAGCUUUCUCAGAUUGACUUAAAUUAGAGUCACCUCAUUGAUGGUCUCCUGCUUCCCACGUGGCUCUGGCGCUAAUUCUGCAUGAGAACACAGUGCUCAUUUGUCUAGCCUACAACAGUGGCAGAGCGUUGGGUUAAACCAGUGGUCUCACACUUGGAGCAUACGUUAGAAUCACCUGGAGGGGUUGGCAUUGCUGUCGUCCCCAUGUGUCAGUUUCUCCAUUCUUCAGUUUACUUAGUCACUUAUCUUUACUCUAUACCACUGCUACUUUGGUCAGUCUGCUCAUUUCUAAGACCUAGGGGUAAAGUCUGCUUCUAUUUUGUUUGGAACAGGGGAAGCUAGAUAUGAUAUCACAAUGAUCUGUUUUACUUGAUCAUAGGAUUGUGGUUGGGUUACUCUAUCAGGUGACAAGAAGUUCUUAAAGGCACCUCUCAGAGGAACUCUCAACCCCCUCACCCCAAGCACCUGAAGGUAGUUAUGCCACCUGGGCGCCUGGGCUAAAAGCAGCUCAGCAGGAGCCUGACCUAUCCCCUCAUAGAUGAAAAUCCUCUCUGCACUGAAGGGCUAAAGGGUGGCAUUCCUUGCUCACUUGGAAGACUCCAUCCAGGAUUGACUCGUAAGCCUUAAAUGGCACCUCUGGUUCCUCCAUGGGCCUGUGGCCUGGCAGGAGGUCUGAGGGAUAGGGGAGAGCAUGCACACCAGGGAGAAAGGAGCUGCGGGGUCCAGGGGUCAUGAUGGAAAAGGCAUGGGCUCUGGAGCCUCAAAGCCCUGGGUUCAAAUCCUGACUCUAGAUACAUACAGGUCUCUCUGAGCCCUCAGUUCCGCAUCUCCAACAUUUGGAUAAUAGUACCUACCUCCUAGGUUUGUUGUGAAUGGGAAGUAUAUACAAGUACUUGAGCUAAAGAAGUGCUCAGUGAAUGGUAGCUAUGCUUGUUUCUAUCCCUGAAAUCCUUACUCAUGUCGAGAAAUCUAGAGAAUAUAGAGGCAUCUGUUCCUCUGGCUUGUCUCCUUCCACCAUUUUUCAGACCUGGUGCCUGGAGCCACCUUCCCUCCAGCAGCCGUGUUUCCCCAGGCCUUAGUAG